AACCUGCCACUCAACAUCCAUACCUUCCUCUUGACGAGUUCGACGACUUGAACAACCAAAUUCAACGAUUUCGAUACGUCGAUUGGUUGUACAUCACUCUCACAAACCCCGCGCGCCACCGAGAUUCAAAAUGUCUCUCCGCUUCGUCCCCAGCAAGGCGCACCCUGCGCAAACUACGCUUGAAACCUCUGCGCCUUCGGCUCCCGGCGUCCAUGAUACCCUUCGGUCUCGCCUUGGCCACACAUCGGUAGCACCUACCGCUUCGUCGUCAUCGACAGCACCAGUUGCUCUGCAGUCUGCCCAUCCGCUCGAGGCUCGCCUUGUCCAGUGGCGCGAUACCCAAGACCGUCUGAAGAUGGAGAUGCUGAGGCGGCAAUUUGGCAUUGCCGAGCCCGUGCGUAGGGGUAUGGAGCUGAAGAUUGCUGAAGCGGGGGAGUGGAGGCCAUUAGCACUGGGUGGAAGCAGCGGCGUUCACAAAGAUAUUCUCCAGGGACGGGAUUGUGAAAUUGGCUGGGAGGACGUGUUCACUGGCAACGAGCUGCGGGAAGUACCAGACUUCCACACGGAGAUUGAGAAGAAGAUGAAGAUGAACUGGUAG